CGCAGCAUGCAUUCUGGUCCGCUGCUUUGAUCGCAGGCCAGGAAGCCUCAUAUUCGUGGGCGAGGCGAAGGAGCAGCGGCUUUUGGGAGCUUAUGACAGGAGGAAAGGCUUGUUCGUAGCGGAUGGAAAAUUUGGCCCCAGAAACUCUUCCUCACUGCAGAGCCGCGAACGGUUGCAGUUGAUACGCGCUGCUAGGAGGCCACAGCUCGCCAAUGAUUCGGUGCUGCGUAUCUCGAUCGCUUCUGCGGCAAUCAUGGAGCGAUCAAACUGGUGGAGCUGAUAGGGCUGAAAGGUAGACCUGGUGGCACCAACUCCUUUCGAACCGGUCUGCGACACUAUUAUAAAGACUCCACCUCUUCCUCCGACUUCUGAGCAUAAGCUCAGACUCCCAACGGAUCGGUUCAAACAUAUUCUCGCAUCAUUGCUCUUCUAGAAUUUCCUUUUUCCGGUCCUGGGAACGAUUCCUAAAUAGGUUAGCCUACAUCUGCGAUGGCAACAUCUCCGAGGUCACCUCAAACCCCUCAGACCGCAACGCAAAGCCGGCGUCCCGAUCAAGGAUUCAGCGAACUCUUUCAAAACAUCGCUGUGUAUCCAGAGCUGGGAAGAUUCCGCCGAUUUGCCGCAGAAUGGGCCAAGCUCCUUCAGGAUGAUGCUGUCGCAGUGUUGACGAGGCAAAACGAAGUGUGUGAGGCGCUGAAGGGAGUGCGGGGAACCGCCGGUGGGACAACAGUGCUGGAUUGCCCCCGUUGGUUCGUCGAGCACAACCAUUCUGCAAUAUACAAAGAUAAAUGGGUAAAAUAUGAGGAAGCCCUACGGAGAUAUGGAGAAACAUUAUGCUUGAGCGAACGGAUAAUGAAGCUCCCAAACCAAAGUCCAUCGGCGACAAAGCGAAUGGAAGACCUGAAUAAGGUACCAUUCUUUCAAAUCGGGCCCCAGGGUUGGCGCUUUGGGUUCACACAAGAGGAUGCCACGGUGUACUUUGGCCCAUCAGAGCGAACCGAUACAUGUGCUUGGAGAGGCCUCAGCACCAACGAUAUCCUGACGAGGAAAUUUGUGGAGUGGAGUCCGUGGAUCGAAAAGCGUAUUCUCGAACGUUUUCGGAGGCUAUGCAGACGCAUCAGCCGCUCCCAACGAUGGGAUCGACCAGACGUUCCGUAUCACCGGGUUGUUGACAUUAUGGAUACGCUUACAUGCAUCUCCGCCUCGCUGCUCCUAACUGGAGCAAUGUUUGCUCUCGUUUCGAUCGAUCCUCUGCUGGCUCGAAUUGGCGCUGUUGGCGGCUUUGGGACGCUCUUCGCCCUCGCAGUAAAGAUCAUGGCGGGCAAUCCCUCCAGAGGAGAGGUGUUUGCCGCAACGGCAGCCUUCUUUGCGGUUGCAUCCGUCUUCGUUUCGAAUACUGGUAACGGAUGUGGGUUUCAAUAGACGGGUGUUGGUGGUGACGUCUGACUGUUGAGCGACCGGCAACUGAACAUAUAUACGCCUUAUUCAUUGGCGGGUCAACCCUUGAGCAAGCAUCCCUGAGCACGCGUGCUUCUCAAGCUCUGUCAACCGCCAUGUCCUUCUAAGGUCAAUUCUAAAGAUGGAUGAACCGUGCGCUGCAUGGUGGCAUCGGACAUGUCACGUUAGCCCCCACUGCUCGUCGAACAAUAAG